GCUGUUGAAUAGCCUCAGGAGGAAGGGGGUGGGGGGGAAUAGGGGGAGGGGGAGGAAAAGGUGCAUCCCAGGACUGACAGGAAUAACUCAUUCCAUCGGAUAUGUUCCACUGUUUGCUUUUUAAUUAAAUCUUUCAACACCAGGAGAGAGAGAAAAAAAGUAACGUUAUAAUUCUGGAAGGAGCUGCAGAAAGUUAGUUGGAAUUUCUCAAGCGCUGAAGAGCUGACAUUGACAAAUUUUAAGCCUUGGAAAGGACCAUGACGGAUGAUCGGAGCGUGUCAGACGUGGCGAGUUCAGGAGGCUCCGAGAGUGAGUCGGUCGUUUCCCCUGGUUCCUCUCUGGCUCCUGAUGGGGAGGAGAAAUUUCAGGCUGGUACCGAGGAAGGCAGUGGCAAACGGGACAGCGAGGAGGACAAGUUUCCCCUGUGUAUCCGAGAGGCUGUGAGCCAAGUGCUGGAAGGUUAUGACUGGACCCUAGUGCCCAUGCCAGUCCGAGUCAAUGGCUCAUCUAAGAACAAGCCUCAUGUGAAGAGACCCAUGAACGCCUUCAUGGUCUGGGCACAGGCAGCACGGAGGAAACUAGCAGAUCAAUACCCACAUCUCCACAACGCGGAGCUUAGCAAAACCCUGGGUAAACUCUGGAGGUUACUGAAUGAGAAUGACAAGAGGCCGUUUGUGGAGGAGGCUGAGAGACUGCGAUCACAGCACAAGAAGGACCACCCCGACUACAAAUACCAGCCACGGCGGCGCAAGAACAUGAAGCCGGGUCAGGCUGAGGCUGAGAGUCACCCAGACGAUGGCCACCUCUCUGCUGGACAGCCCCACUACAAAGCUGUACCUCAGGACCGUGGGCGUGGGGCGGGGGCUUCCCCACUCUCGGAGGGGCACGGCGAGCACACAGGCCAGAACCACGGUCCCCCAACACCCCCCACCACUCCAAAGACCGAGAUCCAGCCGGGGAAAGCGGAGGGCAAGCGGGAUGGGCACCCACUGGUGGAAAGGGGCAAGCCACACAUCGACUUUGGCAACAUGGACAUUGGGGACCUGAGCCAUGAUGUCAUGUCCAACAUGGAGACCUUUGACGUCCAUGAGUUUGACCAGUACCUGCCCCCCAACGGGCACCCGGGUCAUGGUCAGAACCUGGCAGGAGGGCCAUACGUUGGGAAUUAUGGGCUGGGGGGCAGCUCUGGAGGACCCACGACGUGGAUUUCCAAGCAGCAUGGUGGAGGUAGUGCCCCCUCCUCCUCCUCGGGGGCCACCCCAUCCGAGUCGAAAGCUCAGAUCAAGACAGAGCAAGUUCAUCCGAGUCACUACACAGAGCUACAGCACUCAUCAGCCCAGAUCACCUACACCUCACUGAGCCUCCCUCACUAUGGCUCUGCUUUCCCCAGCAUCACCAGGUCCCAGUUCGACUACUCGGAGCACCAGCCUUCGGGAUCCUACUACAGCCCUUCUGGCCAGACGUCCGGACUCUACACUGCCUUCUCCUACAUGGGCCCAUCGCAGCGGCCACUCUACCCGUCUAUCAGCGACCCGUCCUCUGUGCCGCCGUCUCGUAGCCCCACUCACUGGGAGCAGCCCAUCUACACAACACUCACUCGACCAUAGGAUCUCUCCGACCCUACUUUCCCCCAUUCCCCCUCCUCCAACACACACACACACAUACAUAUACCCCCAUCCCAUCUCCCCAGCUACACCUCCCCCAUCCCAAUCCCCAUGUCCCACCCACCUCUUCCCCCCCCCCCCAAUCAAGGACCCAAUGGGACUUGUUCGUUGUUUUAAAAAAGAGCAAAAGAUGAAAAAAAUGGCAAAUCAAUCCCCACCCAUGGUUCUAAAGAUUGACCAAUGGGUGUUCCCACGUGUUGGGGUGGAAGUCAGUCGUAUGGAAGUUUCUCACCUUCAGAUGAAGAGAUGUCUCUGGCCUGGACUGAGGGAAGAUGCUGGAGCUCUAGACUACGCCACACUCAACUACCGUGCCCUUAAUGUGAGACGGAAAGUUACGCUGGAGUGGGUUGUUGAGAGAAGACUCUCCAGUCAAUCACUCCAGUCCUUCCAGUGGAGGACCUGUGCCCCACCCCCAACCCGAGAGUGAAGUGACCAUCCAUUUCCUUUUAUUGUCGGGACUGAAGCUUCCCUGCACAUUGUAAACUGUCACAUCAUUCAUGUGGGCCUUCAACUGAGAUCUACUCUUUCAGAAGUUGUUCUGAAGAAACAGAAUUAUAAAAGACUGUAAAUUAAAACGAGCUGGAUUCUAGUCUCAAAGUAAUGUCAACCUGUGACCGCCAGUGCCCUCUUUAUGUCAAAACUGUUAAAAAUGGCUUUGCUUCAGUCGCCAGUAACAUUUCCUUUUUGUUUUAACUUGCUUAGGCCUCGUAGGCUGUGGUUAGCUUUACCUUCACAAUAAAAUGUGGAGGCAGGGGUGAGCUGGGGAGUGGAUAGAGGUGGAAGCAGAACUGAGGAAAAGAAGCUUGCAUUUCUGUAACAGCCUUUCACGGGCACCCCAGAGCCCUUCACAGCCAGCUCAGUCCUUUUCUUGAAGUGUCACCACUCCUGUAAAUGUAGGAAGCAUGGCAGUCGAUUUGUGCACAGCAAGAUCCCAAGGAGCAGCCACUGAGCCAGGUGGUCUGUUUUCUUUCUUGUAAUCACCAUUAUUUGAAGGAUAAAUAUUGGUCGCAGGAGCACUGGGGGGAAAGGUUUCCCUCCCUGUUCGUUUUGAAAUAGUGGUCAUGGGGAAGAGAAAUAUUGACAAAGUAGUGAGAAGUUUCCGGUAUUUAAGAGACCUCUGUGUUUUUUGUAUUUUCUCUGUGCCAACCUCCUGCCGUGCCCCAACAUGGGGUUUGUUGUAGGAGUCAGUGGGGAUCUGAUUCUUCGGUCAAUCCAUUUCGCUAUAUUUUUGGCAGCGAUCACUCGUUAACAAAGAGACUUCUUUUAACCUUUCUAAUUUAUCAAAGAUGUACAAGUCGCUUUUCAUGUCCAGUAGCUUCAGCUCUGAGAGGGUUGGCGCUUUCGCCCUCAAUGUUGGGCCCAGUUCGGGAGUUGCUAACCCUCCUGGAUUGUCAUGGGAACUGCAGAUUGAACUUCCUGUGUGAGCCAACCUGGUUGCCAAUGAGAAACAAUUAUUUCAACAAAGUUUGGAGUUAGGUCAUUAGUGGGAGGACGGGGAGAGGUGGCAUAACUGACUGUUGAGAAGCAGCCAAUCAAAGAAAUGAACACUCCAUUUGCUUUCCAAUUGGCUGUGAGCAAGCGGGGUGCCAUGGGAUUGGAAGUGUGGGAGAGCUAAUGGCAGGAGAGGCAAGUCUGUGCUUCUGGAGGAUGAGAUGAAGUCUCCAGGGAAGUUUCGAGGGAUUCCACUACCUAGUGGAUUGGGCUUCAGCCUCGGGACCUCUUUCCCUCCUGGGUUAGGCCCAAAGCGGGCAGAGACGAGAUCUCUAAAACUCAACACUGCUUCUGUCAUCUUUCCACAACCGCAAUGGUCACAGUUGCAGCUUUAGGAGACUGCACAAAGCAGUGAGUAGACAUCCUUAAAGCACUUCUAAAUCUAUUCAAAUGUACUCCCCCCCCCCCCCCCCCCCCCAUCACCCCUUACAUGUGUGUACACCAGCGGGGGGCUGUGAUAUGACUGGAUUAUUCACCCUGAAGGCUAUAUUAGAGACAAAUUAAAAUCACACCAUGGCAGCAUUUGAAGUAAACCACACUGGUUUGUAACGGUGACUGCGAAUCCAUUGAAUCUUCCUGAAAAUCAAUCCUCUCUGCAGCUUUGACCUUAUUUACUCCAUCGAACUCCCGUCACUUCUCAGCUUUAACCCCCUGUGUUCCAAAGGAACAACCCCAGCUUCACUCAGUCCGUGUAAUAAGAGUCCUUUGCCCUGCAGGGGAGUGGGUGAUGAAUCAGCCCAGUCUAGUCAUUUGGUGAGCUUUAGGUGUGAGCGGACUUUCCUUUAUUCAUUCAUGGGAUGUAGCUGCCCCUUACAACAUUUGCUCAUCCUUAAUUGCCCCUUGAGAAGGUGG